GUCGCUCAUGGUUCAUGACGUGUCUGCUCUCUGUUCAUCACUCGUCAGGCCGUAGCGCGCAAUCAGCAUUCAGCAGUCGACGACGCUAGGCGACAGACGUUCGUGCUAGUCGGAUGGUCGUCACUUUACUUCUUAGUGUUUGCACUCCCUUCCGUUUCAAUUUUGUGUCUCGAGCGGUUUUCAGUUCUAUUUACACCUUCGUCUUAUAUAGGUUGAAGUAGACAGAAAAAUGAUUAUCGACACGGAAAAGCAGCAUGGCCAGGUCGUUUGGGCCAAAUUGUCUCAAAAGUCUAUGUUGUGGGGCGCAAUCAUUCUUUCGGUGAGGAAAUUGAAUUUGGCGUAUUUUGAAGAACAGCCUGGAAAAACAUGUGUUUGGUGGUUGAGUGAUGAUAGCAUGUCACAGUUGAAAAAUGAUUUAAUAUUUGACUUCAAAUCAAAGCUAAAAAUUGGUAUGAAAAGUUUAAACGUACCACGCAAGAAUAGUGUUAAGCAAGCUAUUCAGAUGUUAUCCUUACAGUUAAACUUUGUGGCUCCCAGAAAUGGAAUAAUUGAUUGGGCAUCAAAGAAUUUGUCUUUUGUUAUGAAUGUAAAACGUAGAAGAAAAGAAGAGUUUAUUAUUCCUGAUGAUAUCUUACAAAAAAUUAUAAUGGCAAAUAACAACAUUAGAAGGUGUAUGGAGGAAAAUAGAAAGAAAAAUAUUAAAGGUCUACGCAGAAUAAAAACAAAGAAAAUUAAUGUUUCUGAGUUAUCAAAAAAGGGAAACAAAUAUUGCAUGGCUUGCCGAAUGCCUUCAGUUAAACCAAAGAUUGAACACCCCAUAUUUAAAGGCUUUCUGUGUGAUGAUUGUUUUAUAAAAGGAAAAGAUAUUAUAUUAUCAAUAGCAAAAGACAGUGCAAAUGAUGGCUGUUGCGUUUGUCUUACUCAAAAAGAUACAUUGGUAUUGUGUAGUUUUUGUGUGAGAGUUUAUUGCAAUGAAUGCUUGGAAUUUUACUGUGGACAGAGAGGUUUGGAAAAAAUUCUAAAUGACAAUACAUGGACAUGUUUUGCAUGUAAUACAAUCAUUUUAAAGACCUGUAAACUAGUUCCAAGGAGUACAAAGGAUCAACUAAAAAAUAAAAUUCGAAAAACUGACAUACACCCUUAA